AGGAGGAGGAGGAAGAGGGGGCCGGUCGAGGGAGGGGAGAGGAGCUAGGAGGAGGAAGAGGAGCACAAGGAAGGCCCCGCGCGAUUGAUGGGCGGCUCCUCCGCCCUGGACCAGCCCGCCCGCCCCGCCCCUCAGCCCCUUUAGCCACUCGCAGAAGGAAAGGAUUGACCCGCAAGGUCGGGGAUUAAGAAUCAUGUUGCAUGAAGCAAAGGACAGGCAGAAGUUCGUCAGUGAUGUUCAGUAUCUGCGGGACAUGCAGCAUAAGGCGGACUCAGAAUAUCAGGCUUGUCUGAGACGACAGGAAUACAGAAGAGACUCAAAUGAGAAGAAACGAGAUCCGUUUUGGGGGCAAGAGACAACUGUUGGGAGAUCCCGGUUUUCAAGUGGGUCAUCUUCCAAACAGAGUUCUGGUGAGGAGGAGCUCCUGGCCGAACCAAGAUUAUCUGCCAAGAGUUCUGCAUGUAAGAGUGAUUCCAGACUUCCAGCCAUUGACCAGACAUCAGUCAAGCAGAAACAUAAAAGCACCUUGACUCCAAAGAAAUCGGAGAAAUCGGGCCCCAGCAAACCCCCUCCCGCAGUCCCGGCACCACAGAUUUUAUCGAGGACGAGGAGGCCAAACCUGGGGAGACUGACAGUCAGCCCAGACAUGCAGAGCCCACGAGUGUGUGGGGACAGAAGCAGACAGAAGCUGCAGCUGCCUGGGAAGGCGCCGGCCCUCAGGGGAGCAGAUCCAGUAGCUCAACAAGAAGGCCUAAUGUGGGCAAGUGACACCAAGCUCAAGAGGCCACCUCGAGAGAGAAGAAACUUAGUUCCAUCCCUGCAACUAAUGACGGUGACCAAGAACACCCCCGAGAGAGCCAGGAAAGGAGACCUGAGUGCUCUUUCCCAGAAUGAGCCACAUCCAGCCCCACCCCAGACCUUCCAAGGAGCACGUGGUCCCCCAGUGCUGAGCGAGUCCCUGGGGCCACCACCCAUGACCACUGCCUUGGGAGGGACGAGGAGAAUGGCGUUUCAGUUCAGAGAUGAAGAUUUUUAUUCCAUUUUAGCCUUAAACCCUGGAGGAGAAAAUGAUGAUACCGAAGAGGAAACCCAAGUAGAGGAAGAACUUCUGUUGGCCGGUAUGCACCUGCCCCGUUCUCCUUCCAUUCAUAAGAGAAGUAGAUUUCUUGGGACCUCGGCCACCCAGUCCAAAAAUAAAAAUUUCAAAGACAGUCUUGCAAGUCACAGAGUUAAUUCCAUAAGAAGAAGUGAGUGCAGUCAUGACUCAUCAAGAAUAAGCAACAGCAUGGAGCCAGUGACAGAGCAGCCUUCCAACAAGCAAAGGAUUUUCCAAGACCCUGGGCAGCCCAACGAGGGGUCUGCUAAAGAGAAAGACAGCAGUGAUGGGGAAUAUGAGAAAAAGACCUUCCACUCAUGUGAUGCCAAAUCCCAGCCCAGUCUGGAUGAUGACCUCAAUGCUGAAAACGUAUUUAGUGAUGGUACAUCUUCAGAAGAUAGACUUGGUACCCAUGAUUAUGAGAGAGAUUGGCAAGCCUAUUUAAAUGAAUCUAGUAAUCCUCUUGACUGUUUUCUUGCUGGUAGACCAAUAGCUCCAAGAGCAUCAGUGAACUCCUCCUAUACCACUCCUGGAUCAUACAUGCAUUCUGCUCUGAGAGAUGAUACUCCAGUAGACCCGUCAAUGUCACCUACCUUAGUUCCCAGUCCAGACUUGGAAGGACACUCCAGGUUUAACGUUCGCCGACCACUGUCCCCCAUUAGAAGUGGGAAUCUAUUUGCCAGUGCUGAAAACCACAGUUAUUUUCUAGUAAACAGUGCACAUGAAUUUGACAUCAGGGGAGCAGAAGAUAUUACCUUAACGAACCAAUCCCAGGAGGCUCCAUUAUGUACACAAGAUCCCUUACGAGAUCCUCAAAGCAGCUUAUCCUUGGUGGAGGCUUCCAGCUCCUCUCAGCCUAGAGAGAACUUACGAGGCCACUUGCAUGUGCCUGGGUCCCUGCAAGAAAAUACAACUUUCACUUCCUUUGCAGUGUCUGACUCCCCAAACCAAAAUGACAACAGGAGCAGAAGGGAGGGCUCUGGCUUCGGAGAUGCAAAAGAAGCCACUAAGAUAAAGGCAGACCCUGAGAAACUCAAGAAAUUACAAGAAAGUCUCCUGGAGGAGGACUCCGAGGAGGAGGGAGACUUGUGCCGCAUCUGUCAGAUGGCCGGGGGCUCCCCCACCAACCCCCUGCUGGCGCCCUGCGGCUGUGUGGGAAGCCUGCAGUUCGUCCAUCAAGAGUGCCUGAAAAAAUGGCUGAAAGUGAAAAUAACAUCAGGAGCAGAUCUUGGCGCUGUGAAGACCUGUGAGAUGUGUAAGCAAGGCCUGCUGGUCGACCUGGGUGAUUUUAACGUGACCGAGUUCUACCAGAAGCACCAGCAGUCCCGGGCACGAAAUGAGCUGAUGAACUCAGGCCUGUACCUGGUGCUGCUGCUUCACCUCUAUGAACUGAGGUUUGCAGAACUCAUGAGACUCAACCACACCCGGGUCGCGCAAGAGAGGUUGUCAAGAAAUUACCCACAACCCAGACCGGAAGAAAAUGAAAGGUCCGAGUUGGGAGAUGGAAAUGAAAGCAACAUCUGUGAACGCAACGGCCGGGUCGUCUAGCAAAGGAGCUCACUGUGGAGCGGGGCGGAAACUUCUCCCAGCCGCCCUUUCUCCUUCCCCAGGUGCCUCCCUUCCUCCUCCUCUUUACUGAUUGAAACCAGUGUGUUCACAGGUAGCUUUUCACCUUGUGCCAC